AUGGAGAAUGUAGAGAGAACUUUGAAGAACUGGCCAGAAAGAAGCCAGUCGGUUGGAUUAAAGGAAAGCAAGAACAAGUCUUUCUCUUCCUCAGGGAGUCCUAUCAAGAAGAUAAUCAUGCUAAAGAGUAAGUCAUGGCAUGGCACCUCCUCCUCCUCAUCAUCACCCAAAGCAGACAGCAACAAGAAGCAAAAAAAGAUAGCACCAGAAGGCUGCUUCACCGUCUACGUUGGACCAGAACGACAGCGUUUCGUGGUGAACACCAAGUUCGCCAGCCAUCCCUUGUUCAAGAUGCUACUAGAAGAUGCAGAAAUGGAAUACGGGUACAGUAGCCAAGGUCCCAUUCUGCUUCCCUGCGAUGUUGAUUUGUUCUACAAAGUGUUGGCGGAGAUGGAAGAGUUAACCACCCCGGUUUGCAGCGUUGCGAAGGGGUAUUAUAGUCCUUUCACUCUUUGCAGCCCUAUUACUCCUCGUCGUUCAAAUUCUUCCUCUACUACAUACAAGGGUUUUGGUCGGUAUCAACUUCUCAAGCCAUCAAGAAUGCUCAAGUUGGAUACAUGAUGAUCAUGAUCUUUACAACUCUAUAAAUUCAAGUGGAAUGUAAGACUUUUAUUUCAGUUUUAUGCACACUUGAUUAUAUAUACAUAUAUAAAUAUAUAUGUAACACAUUCACAGUCUGUAAUUACAGCAAAAAGAGACUGUGUGCUUCUGAGUAUAUUUUCUUCCACGAAGAAAA